CUGGACCAAGCUGGUGUGUCUUAAGUGUGUGUGUAUGAGUGUGUGUGUGUAUUUGUGUGUGUGUGCAUGUAUGUGUCUUGCCUGGUGAGCUAAGAGGGGGAGUCCCAGACAUUUGGAGGAAAAACUCCCCAAACUUCACAACCCACCUUCCCUCCAAACCCGGCCCCUCCCAGUUCCCCCAGCGCCUGCUGCUUCCUGGUCCCAGUCGCAGCCAUGGCUGAAGAGCAGGCACAGGUCGAGCUGUUCGUCAAGGCUGGCAGUGAUGGUGCCAAGAUUGGGAACUGCCCCUUCUCCCAAAGACUUUUCAUGGUGCUCUGGCUUAAAGGUGUUACCUUCAAUGUCACCACUGUAGACACCAAGAGGAGAACAGAGACAGUACAGAAGUUGUGUCCUGGAGGUCAGCUCCCAUUUUUACUGUAUGGCACUGAAGUACACACGGACACUAACAAGAUUGAAGAGUUUUUGGAGGAGGUGUUGAGUCCCCCUAGGUACCCCAAGUUGGCAGCUAAGAACCCAGAAUCCAACACAGCUGGACUAGAUGUCUUCGCCAAAUUUUCUGCCUACAUCAAGAAUUCAAACCCAGCUCUCAAUGCCAACUUGGAAAAGGGGCUGUUGAAAGCCCUGAAGGUUCUUGAUAACUAUCUUACAUCACCACUUCCCGAGGAGAUUGACGAGACAAGUGCAGAAGAUGAAGGUGUCUCCCACAGAAAGUUUCUGGAUGGUGAUGAGCUUACAUUGGCUGAUUGCAACCUACUUCCCAAGCUCCACAUUGUACAGGUUGUAUGUAAGAAAUAUCGGGGAUUUUCUAUCCCAGAGGAGUUUCGAGGGGUGCAAAGAUACCUGCGCAAUGCUUAUGCCAGAGAGGAAUUUGCCUCUACCUGUCCAGAUGCUGAGGAGAUAGAGCUGGCCUAUGAGCUAGUAGCCAAAGCCCUACAGUAGCCAUGGACAGAGCUUCUUUCCUCCUCUACCCCACUACUUCUUUCACAAAUGGCUUGAUAAAGCUGCCCAAAGAACACAUUUCAAGAUGGCCACUGAGCACAAAAUUUUGAAAUAAAGUACAGAAGGGCAGGAAAGGUUGUUGGGGAGCAGGGUGGGGAGGAAAAUGAGUGGGAUUUUUUUGGAAAGGGAUAGGAUGAAAAUAUUUCAAUAAUAAAACAGUUAAAAUACAA